GUUCAGCCAGCUAAGGAAAAUACAUCACUGUUGAAAAAACGAACUUAUGGAUCUCUCAGUCUUGGAGGAUCUUAUGGGACUUCUAAGAGAGGCGAUAUGAGCUUGCUCAGAUUGGGUUCUGGUUUUGGAAGAACGUCUAGAGGAGUCGUCAGGACAGAUGAUAUAGAAGUAGUGCCACGUAAAUUCGAAGAAAUUCCUGAAAGUUAUUUGAGGAAUAGAAAUAACGUUCCUCGCAUUUUCGUCGAGCCAGCCAGCUUGAACGAACUCUUCGAUUCAGACAAGUUCGUUUCUGGAUCCAGCAAUGGCAGGACGUCAGAAUACGGUUCCAGAACUUUUCCAUCAGAAGAAUUCAAUCAGGCUGAUUGAAUCGAUCGUCCAGAGUAGACUUCAACAGAUGAAACGUCUCAAUCUAUUACGCGUCAGUGGAUGAAAUAAAAACGUUGUUCUCUCCUACAGCCUUUCUUUUACAAACGAAAAGGUGUACACGCAUCAGAGGAAAAGACAUUAUUGAAUUGCUAUUUUCUCCCUUUGUAUUUCACGUAAUGUUCCCGAUUAUGAGGCAAUAAAUUCAUAGAGUGACCAAUUUUUAUUUACCACUAUAAAAAAGCCAAUCACCUGCGAUAUUAAUCGAGCUAUUUAAUUGUUCUCAACUGGACGAAAGGAUUAAUGAAUUCUUUUAAACAGCAUUUACUCACUUCGAUAUGAAAUACGUUCAAGUAAUCACAUUUUUCAUUUCUUUUGCUGUUAUUUCGGUGUACUCAGCUCAGUGGAAAGCACUUCCUAACGCCAACUUCCUACAAGGCAGAACAGGUGAAUGCUAUGACUCCCUAAUGCAGAUAGGCUAUAUGAAGACCGGUGAAUCGAAGACAAAUCAAGGAUCGUGCGUGAAAGUGAAUUGUUUGGUGGAUGGAAGUAUUUCUUAUUAUGGGUGUCCAGCACUCAUGAAUUGCGGAUCUUACACUGCAGAUAGUUCUAAACCAUAUCCUUAUUGUUGUCCUAUAUGUUUGCGAGAAUAAAUAUUUGAAAUAUUAA